GGCGCAGUUCUGGGCGGAGGGAGAGUUUGAUUGGCGGUCUUAGGGGGGUUGCGAGUGAGGUGAGGAGAUAAAGACGGCAUCGUGCAAACCAUGUUGGAAAGGCGUAUUCUGGGAGUCAAUCCCGCCCCCACCUGGCUGCCACCUCCGUCUCUCCCUUCACGAUCCCAGGUCCAAGUUUCCACAUCCCCCUUCCUUGCCCUGCUCUAGGACUGUCUUGAUGUCUUUCCCUGUGUUUUGUUUUGACCUAUCCCUGUCCUUGGCCUCACUGUAGCGUUUGUUUCCCAUUGUCACUCUGAUUUUUUUUUUAUCCUCUUAUCUACCGUUUUCUCUCUUUUCUUUUUUCGUUUGUCACUGAACCAUGUCUCCACUCCUCCUAGUUGAAGAGGCGGGAAUAAAGCUCCAAACGGCCCCACCUUCCGCCCAGGCCUCGCCUCUCCUCGUCUUCCGGUUUCAGGCGGACCCUUUAUCUCCGGCUCCCUAGUUUCUCUCCGGAGGACGGAAGGAGAAUCACCCUUCGGGGAGUAACGACAUCCGGUAGCGCGCCUACAGUUCCCUUCCGCCCUUCACCUCCGGCUCUGCUCGCCUCAUUUCCGCCAGCUUGUUGUCUCCGCCCUUCCCGCCGCCCCUCUCGGAGGCCAAGAGGUCCAUGGCCUCUGCUUCCCGCCGCCAGCGCCGAGAGCAUCGCUUCCGCCGCCGCCCGCCACGACGCCCCUGCCCUGUGCCUGCUGCUGCGACUGGGGGCUGACCCUGCCCACCAGGACCGCCAUGGGGACACGGCGCUGCAUGCGGCUGCCCGCCAGGGCCCUGACGCCUACACGGACUUCUUCCUGCCACUGCUGAGUCGCUGCCCCUCCGCCAUGGGCAUAAAGAACAAGGACGGAGAGACCCCUGGGCAGAUUCUCGGCUGGGGACCCCCCUGGGAUUCUGCUGAAGAGGAGGAGGAAGAUGAGGCUUCCAGACAGAAGCUGCAAGGCGAGCUGGAGGACGAGUGGCAGGAGGUCAUGGGGAGGUUUGAAGAUGAUGCCUCUCAUGGGACACAGGAGCCCGAGUCCUUCUCAGCCUGGUCAGACCGCCUGGCGAGGGAGCACGCCCAGAAGCAGCGGCAGCGGCAGCGGGCGGCUGAAGGACCCUGCCGACCCCCUCGGGCCCAGGGCUAUAGUCAAAGCUGGCGACAGCAGGAGGAGGAGCCGGAGCGAGCCCGGGCCAAGGAGGAAGAGCUGCGUGCGAGUCGGGCCAGGAGGGCCCAGGAGGCUCAAGGGGACCGAGGGCCAGAGCCAGCCAGGGCUGGGCCCAGGGCAGAGCACCCCAGAGGGGCCGGGAGAGGCAACCUCUGGCGUUUUGGCGAUGUGCCCUGGCCCUGCCCUGGGGGAGGGGACCCGGAGGCCAUGGCUGCAGCCCUAGUCGCCAGGGGCCCCCCCUCGGAGGAGCGAGGGGCUCUGAAAAGGUACUUGAGGGUCCAGCAGGUCCGCUGGCACCCUGACCGCUUCCUGCAGCGGUUCCGAAGCCAGAUUGAGACCUGGGAGCUGGGCCGAGUGAUGGGAGCCGUGACGGCCCUUUCUCAGGCCCUGAACCGCCACGCGGAGGCCCUCAAGUGACCCUGGGGGAGCAAGAAACCGCGGGGACGCGUCCUAGGGGUGAGAAGGAAGGCUAAGGUCAGUGGUGGGGGCAGCAAGGCCCAGGCAGAUGCUGCAGGGCUGAGGGUGCAGGAUGGGAGGGCGGGAGGGCGGGCCGCCUGCCCCCUGCCUGCCAUUUCCUAAUAAGACCAGGCUCCACAUCGCG